AUGGCGUACUCGAGCGUUGCGAUCGCGAAUUCACUGGAUUUACUUGGAAUGCCAUCCCAUAAUUUGCGAUUGAAGAUUGGUUCACCUAUAAUUUUGCUUAGAAAUUUGAAUGCUCCGAAAUUGUGUAAUGGCACGCGACUGGUCAUAAAAAAAAUCAUGGGUAACAUUUUGGAAGACACUAUUUUAAGUGGAAAAUUUCAAGGUGAAGUUGUACUUCUACCGCGGAUCCCAAUGAUUCCUUCAGAUCCGCCUAUACCAUUCAAACGCUUGCAAUUUCCAAUCCGCUUAGCAUUUGCUAUGACUAUUAAUAAGUCACAAGGUCAAACAAUGACAAUUUGUGGCUUAGAUUUAGAAAACCCGUGCUUUUCUCACGGUCAAUUAUAUGUUGCGUGUUCCAGAGUUGGAAAACCCUCGAAUUUGUUUGUGUAUGCUCCUGAAGGAUUAACAAAAAAUAUUGUACAUCUAAUGGCAUUACGAUAA